AUGCCACAAGACGCUCCUCCUGCGGUACUCACCCCGCAGCUAUGUCAACGCUACUCUUCACUUGUAUGGUACUUCCUCGACGCCGAUCUCCACAAGUCCGCGCUUUUCUACGCGGAACGGUACUUUGUCCUCGACCAAAAGAAUCACGACGCGCGCCAUUUAUAUGCCACUGCACUCCUGCAAGCGGGUCAACCACACUCGGCUCACAAGCUUGUCAAUAUACCGUUGGACAAUCGCUGUACGGGGUGCGUCGACAUCAUAGCGAAAUGCUGCAUGAAGCUGGGUAGGCACAGGCAGGCGCGGGGGGCCCUGGAUGUGUGUUUGCAGGACCCGGACUAUACACCAACUCAGUCCAUGUCCGCUCGGAUAGCGAGAGCAUCUCCUGAUGAUGCAAUACGGCACUGUCAAGCAGGGAAUACCGCGUUGAAGGGUAAUCUACAUGAAAUUGCUGCAAGAAGUUAUAUUCGGGCCCUAGAAUUGAAUCCAAUGCUGUGGGAAGCUUUCGAGGGUUUAUGUGCCAUCGGGGAUAUUCCUCCCGUGGAGACUUUGUUUCCCGUCCGACCGAUGCCCGUUCUACAGAAAUCUUCGGAAAUAGGGCCCAGUAAAUUGUCAAUACCAGUUGCAACAGGUGCCGGAUUUUUCACGCCUGACGCUGGCAACGGCGGUAACCUCUUUCGUGGUUGGAAGCCCGAGUUGAGGAAGGAUGUACUAACCGGACCGCGAGAUUCAAUAGCAACUACCGACUCGUCUUUCUAUGGAGAGCCUUCCUUCCAGGGGCCUGUACGCGCAAGCCGCUCGCAGCCGACCACAUUGGCGGUCCAGCCACCAGCUGUGCGUCCUCUUUCUUCCGCCGAUGAAGCGGGCCCAGUGACCAAGAAGCUGCGGUCUACCGUUCGGCAGCGAACUGCCCCACCCUCGACCAAAGCGGGUGACAUUCAGCAUCAACUCAAGCCGUCGAAGUCCACGGGCGCUAUUCCCGAAACCGUUCCAGAUGAUCGCACAAAAAGCUCUAAGGCACGCGCACGCCCGGAUUUGACAAUUGCUAACGCGUUCUCAUACUCCCUGCGCCCACUUCAGACUACGACGGCAUCGCGAUCCAACACAAUUGGGGCAGGUAGACCCGCAGCUGGGGGCUCCAGCACACGACGCAGUACGAGGCUACAGAGUGGAGGGAGCAAGUUGGCGAAGGUUACGGUACGGGAUCGAAGGCGCGUCGCAGCAAAGACACGGUCACAAUCUCAUGACUCCGGGAUAGAAGAGGAGCCAGGGGGGUCUGACCAACCAGUCGUUGCUCCACCAGCACUCUUCGCGCAACAUACGCAUUCGGAGUCAUCUCCGCCAACAUCAGCAGCAUGGACAGCAGAACAGGAGCACGCGACACAAGAAGCGUACGAAAAUGAUCUGGCCGAUUAUCACAUAUACGAGGUGAUGCGCAAGUUCGCCAGUGCUUCGCGAGCGAUGGCACUAUACGACUGUCGGCUAUGCCUUGAUGAACUCGAAACGCUGCCUGCACAGCACAAACGUUCGGCCUCAGUGAUGGCUAUGUUAGGCAAAGCACACUAUGAACUGGGACAGUACCCCGAGGCCGAGCGAGCGUUCGAAGCCGCGAGGAAUCUAGAGCCACACCGGCUAUGGGAUAUGGAGGUGUACUCAACACUUCUAUGGCACCUGCAGCGCAACGUCCGGUUGUCGUUCCUCGCUCAGGAGCUGCUUUCGACGGACCCCAAAUCGCCGCAAGCCUGGAUAGCCGUUGGGAACUGUUUCUCUUUGCAGAAAGAGAAGACCCAGGCUCUUACGUGUUUUAGACGUGCGGCUCAGCUGGACCCCACAUGCGCCUACGCCUACACGCUAAGCGGACACGAGUCAAUCGACGAGGACCUUAGCAAGGCGAUCAGCUUUUUCCAGUCCGCCUUACGUGCUGAUGCACGACACUACAAUGCAUGGUAUGGGCUAGGGACAUGCUAUAUGCGUAUGAGCAGAUUACGUCUUGCGGACUACCACUUCAAGAAGGCCUCCCAGAUCCAUCCUCAGAAUGCCGUCCUGCUCGGCUGUGUGGGCGUGGUGCGCGAACGCUGUGGCGAAUACGACAAGGCGCUGGAGCUGUUCAACAGGGCUAUAGAGUUCUCACCCGAAAACGCGCUGGUGCGCUAUCAUCGAGCGAAAAUCCUUAUCGCCAUGAAGAAAUACACGGCAGCGGUGCAAGAUCUGGAGACUCUCAGGGACACGUCCCCCGACGAGUCGAACGUGCUGUUCCAGCUCGCAAAGGCAUACCGCCUGCUGGGCGACGACGUCAAGUUCACACAGCUGCUGGCCGAGGUGCGGGAUGUGGCGCCGAAGAGCGUGGCGAAGAUAAGAAAGCUGGUCGACACCGUCAAGGACGCGGACGUGGGAGAGGAAGUGAUGGACGAAGGGUAG